AUGGCAGACCGACUUAAGAACGUAUUGAACCACCUCAACCCUGGCGUCUCAUCAGGACGUGCCGCUGUGCUGUCCAAGAACCCAGAUGAUAUCGUCAUCACUUAUGCGACCCGUACAGCCCUUGCGAAGGGUGGUAAGGGUUCGUUCAAGGAUACACCGCUCGAGAACCUGCUAUUGCAGCUCUUGCAAGGUGUCAUCAAGAACUCCAAUAUCGACCCCGUGCUCGUUGAGGAUAUCGCCUGCGGCAAUGUCGCUGGUACAAACAUGGCCAACAAGAUCAGAAUGGCCGCAUUGACCGCUGGGUUUCCAAAUACAACGGCCGCACAUAUUGUUAACAGAUUUUGCUCAUCUGGAUUGUUGGCCAUUCAGGAUAUUGCCCAGCAAAUCGCCGGCGGCUCAAUUGAUAUUGGUAUCGCGAUCGGUGCUGAGUCCAUGACUGAGAACAGCAAGAUCAGAGACCCAUUCUCUGCUUCUGCUGAGAUCUCUGCCAACCAGGAGGCUGAGGACUGCAAACAGCCCAUGGGUCAGACAUCCGAGAACGUCGGAAAUGAUUUCGGUAUCACCCGUGAGAUGCAGGACAGAUACGCCGCUGAGUCUUACAAGCGUGCCGAAGUCGCCCAGAAGGCCGGUUGGUUCAACGAUGAGAUCUUGCCAGUCACCACUGUCGUCGUUGAUCCUAAGACCGGCGAAAAGAAGACCGUCACCGUCACUGCUGAUGAGGGUCCACGUCACGGAACUACCUUCGAGUCUCUAUCGAAGAUUCGUCCAGCUUUCCCACAGUUCGGCGAUAAGUCGACCGGUGGUAACAGCUCCCAGGUUACCGAUGGUGCUGCUGCCCUCCUUCUCAUGAAGCGAUCGACAGCACAGAAGCUCGGCCAGCCAAUCUUGGCCAAGUAUGUCUACAGCACAGUUGUUGGUCUUGCUCCCAGAAUCAUGGGUAUCGGUCCAUCUGUCGCCAUCCCCAAACUCCUCUCCAAGCUUAACUUGACCAUCAAGGAUAUCGAUGUCGUUGAGUUGAACGAGGCUUUCGCUUCCAUGGCCGUCUACUGCCUCAACAAGCUCGAGAUCCCACACGAGAUCAUGAACGUCCGUGGUGGAGCCAUCGCAUUGGGACAUCCAUUGGGUGCCACCGGUGCCCGACAAGUUGUCACCGGUCUAUCGGAGUGCAGAAGGACAGGGAAGAAGCUUCUUUUGACCAGUAUGUGCAUUGGCAGCGGACAGGGUAUGGCUGGUUUGUUCGUCAACGAGGCUUAG